AUGCUCCAGCUCAUUUUCCUAGUUUUUAUCCCAGUCCUAACAGCCAUGCCGAGCUGUUUCGACGCCGAAACGUCGAAUUCGAUCUUGGCCAAGCCUCUGACCUCACUUCGAGGCCUGACUUUGAACCAGUGCUUCACGGCGUGUUUGGAGAUGCCCAGGGAGACUUGCAGGCGAGUUUUGAACGUAGUUUGGUCACUGGCCGCGUUUGGAAUGUCUCGAAGCGACUUAGGCUAUCAAAGCGCGCAAGUCGUUUUUGGUCGGGUGCAGGAAGCAUUUGCGAUUCCAAGUGGUAUUGAAGAGUUGCUUCACGGCUGGCUUAAGGAUCCUGAUACGAAAAUAAUGAAGAUAGUUUUUGAUUAAUGGAGAGCGCAGACAGGCCACGCCCCUUAGCGUCCCAAGCUAGCCGUGAAUUGACUGUAGCUCCUAGACAUUGUAGAAAACUGAAUUCUCAAGAUAUUUAGCACUUCGAGCCAUUCCAAGUGCGGCCACAUUGUUAAGGGAAAUCGAUUGUGAAACCGUAUUGCCCAGCCGCGUUUGGAAUGACCCCCAAGGCGUUGGGAAGACUGUGAUAAUGCUUUAGGAUGCGAAAGCACGCAAGUCGUUUCCGGUCGGGUGCAAGGAAGAUUAUUAAUCCCAUUGCUGUCACAGCUGCUCCACAUUCAUGUGGACUGAGUUCAGGAUAGAUGCAACUUUUGCUAAUAGCAAGGAUCCAUCAUUUACCGACCCAAAACGACUUGCGCGCGGAGGCAUCAUAAUGCAUGUGAGAAGCUUUUAGUCAUUCCAAAUGCGGCCACGGCGCUCCAAAUUCAUUCAAAUUCAAUAUAAUGCCGUGUUCAAAGUAAUUUCCGCGAAAUGCAAAAUGGUCUCUGACCCUCCAAAAUUUAGUUAUUUUUCUCUUUCUCUGACGGCUAUUUUGAAUUUCGCGGAAUCACUUUGAACACGGCAUAAAACCUUUCUAGAUCGAUUACUUAUGCGAAGCUGAAGUCGAUAUGCCAGUUGAAUAGCAAGGACAAGACCCAGGCGAGGCUUGUCGCCAACCCAAUGGCCGAUUUCUACCAGCGGACCUGCUACGGUAACCAUCUACAGUAACCGAGUCUCACUGUAUCUUUAGACAAGCCCAGUAUGGCUGUACUACGUGACGUCGCUACAGUGGACGCAGGCUGCUAUGCGGCUACCAAGGGAAAGGUUUUUGGUUGAAAUGGAAUCCCAUAAAUGACCGUAUUUUAAAGGUCCUCAUCGGAAUCGUGGACCAGCUGAUGCAGGGAGUCCAAUCGAUCGAAGAUUGCAAGGCCGCCUGUUCCAGCAGCCAGGAGAAGUUCGACAUCACCUGCAAGAGCGCCAUGUACUAUCCGAAGGAGAAGGUUUGGGGGAAAUGGCAAAAACAUUAGUGGGAUUGAACCAGGGACCUCUAGAGUGAUGUUAGAGAGACUUAGCCACUAAACCAGAGUAACUCGGCGUCGGAGAGUUCGAAUAAUGGCAAAACAGUGGGUGGGAUCGAACCAGCGUCCUUAAAAUUUAUAGAGGAAACACUAAACCGUUCGGCUAAGAUAUACGGAUGAAAUGGCAAAAACCUUAGUGGGAUCGAACCUGGAACCUUUAUAGUAUCAGACAAGAGACUUAACCAUCCGGUCAAGUUACAUGGAUGAAAUGGCAAAAAUCGUAGUGGGAUUGAACCAGCAAAACUUAGAUGGAUAGAGUAGGCUCUAAACCAUUCGGCCAAGGUACAUGAGCUCCAAGAAGAGCGGAAAAUGGCAAAAACCUCAGUGGGAUUGAACCAGAGACCCUUAGAGUGAUAAAGGAAACACUAAACCAUUCGACCAAGGUUCAUAGAUGAGUUCCAAGAAAGACGAAAAAGGCAAAAAUGCGAGUGGGAUUGAACCAGAGACCUAGGCCAGAAGGUUAUAUAGUCGGCCGAAAAAAAAUAAUGGCAAGAACCUGAUUGGGAUCGAACCUGCGACCUUUUUAGUGUCAAGGAAGGCAGUUAGCCACUUGACCAAGGAAAAAUUACAUCUGGAUUGGUCCUAAAAAUGUCAAAAGGCGAAGUUUGAAAGGCAUAGAAGAAAAAUGGCAAAAAUCCGAGUGGGAUUAAACCAGAGACCUCUAGUUUGAUAAACCAAAGGGUUAUCCAGUCGGCUAAAACGGCUUCGUUUUUGAUAGUGCGGAAAAUGGCAAAAAUCCGAGUGGGAUCGAACCAGAGACCUCUAGUUUGAUAAACCAAAGGGUUAGGCAGUCGGCUAAAACGUCUGCGUUUCUGUAAGUACGGAAAAUGGCAAAAAUCCGAGUGAGAUUGAACCAGAGACCUCUGGAGCGUCAAUGAAGCGUCUGAGCCACUCUACCAAAAGGCUAUUAUUAUUAUCAAGAUCUUUUCAGGAAUGCAUUCUGGCCUCUCAAUCUCGGGCCGAUAUUCCUGACCUUUUCAUCGAUGACGAAAAGUCAAUUUACCUUGAGAACACCUGUAUCGGCAAGGAGCGUUCCGACAAAGUCGUUGGGGUAACAUGAGCAAUAAUUAGCUGUUCUGAGAUAUAAUUUGCAGUUGAAGCCGUCAAGCGCUCUUCAAGGCUCUUCAAAGUUUGAUAACUUCGAUGGAUCACAUGUGAGUUUGAAUAAAAGUGACGUCAUUUGAAGGGAUUAUGACGUCAUGUUUUAGGAGAUUAUGACGUCAUUAAAGUCCAGACAUUGACGUCAUAGAUGAAAAAUUGAAGAAAGUCAUUUUUCAGAGCGAUUUUCGAGGAAAAUCAUCUAAUUUUUGGAUUUUCAGAUCAAAUCCACGACUCCCAAACCAAAAUCAGCUGUGGCGCCAAAAACAAAACCAUCACAGAGCAUUUCCAGCGGAAAUUCUGCACUGAAUACUGUAAGCUUUGAAUAUUUUGAGCCGCAUUUGGAAUGGCUUUUUGGUCAGCAAUCCGACCAGAAACUCAUUAAAAAUGCCGUAUUUUAUGGAAGAUUCAGAAUUUUUCUUGUCUAUUGGAUCGACUUCUGUAUUUAUUAGUUAAGAGCCAUUCCAAAUGCGACCAAGCUUGAAUCCCGAAAGUUCUUCGCCGCAUUUGGAAUGGCUUUUUGGUAAGAAAUCGGAACGGAUGCCUAUUUUAAGUGCGUUUUUCAUGGAAAAUCAGAGUUUUUCCUAUAUUUUUGAGUUGAAAUCCAUUCCAAACGCGACCAAACUUGAAUUCCGGAAGAUCUUGGCCGCAUUUGAAAUGGCUUUUUGGACAGAAAUCCGACAGGAAACCUGUUCAAAAUGCGCCUUUUUGACAGAAAAACACGUGGACUUUCGCAUUAUUUUUCGGUCUCUUCCCUGAUUUUUAAAUGAAAUUAGAAACGGUAAAGCAGAAAAGAGAAAAGUUCAUUUAACCAUUCCAAAUGCGGCCAGUCUUAUUUUUCGUCGAGUUUUGAGUUACUUUUAUUUUAUUCCGAGGUUUGCUAGUUAUUCUGAUCGAAUCAUAUCGAGAGCCAUUACAAAUGCGACCAAGGUUAAGAAAUGAAAAUUCUUGGCCGCAUUUGGAAUGGCUUUUUGAGCGAAAAUCCGACAAGGAACCUAUAAAAAAAUGCGUUUUUUUAACAGAAAAAAAUUAGAUUUUUUUGGCCUUUUUCCCUGUUUUUUUCUAACAGAAUUACCAACAGUAAAAACUGAAUUUAACCAUUCCAAAUGCGACCAAAAAUGGGAUUCCUUCAAAUUCUUAUCGAAUUUGGACUUUUUCCUCCCAAAUCCUUAUAAGCUUCCGGCUGAAUUUACUAUUUUGAUAAUGAGAGCCAUUCCAAAUGCGGCCAAACACGAAUCCCGAAAAUUCUUGGCCGCAUUUGGAAUGGCUUUUUUGUAUCUUCACCUUUUUUGAAAAUGAACAAAAACCAAAAAUACGGUUUUUUGAUCCUCCUCAGCAAAAUUAACAUUGGAGAAAAUCGAAAUGUAAAAAUCUUUAAAAAAAAAUUUUAGGACGCCAAACUAGAACUUUCGGGUUACGAAGCUCCAUCCGAAUCGGUUUCAAACGUCGGCCUCGUUGACAUAAUCAAAUCUCCCACCACUACAACUACGACCACCACCACCACCACCACUCCCAAGCCAAUCAAUGCUAAUGUAAUUUUUGUAAAUCUAAAAAAAAAAUCAGGGAUUUUUAAAGAUAAUCGACAAUUACGCUGUGGAAUCAUCGCCGAAAACGGGAUAUGGACGCCGUUUGAGGGAUAUCCGCGUCAAAAAAUGCUUCAAGUGAGUUUUAAAUUUGAGCCAUUCCAAGUGCGACCAUAUAUACUUUGCACUUCGAAACUAAGAAGUGAGCCAUUCCAAAUGCGACCACAAAAAUGAAAAGAAAGGUCUUAACAGGCUAAUUACAAGUUUACAUGGUCUUUGUGGCAUUUUUGUUUUUCAAUAAUGAAAAUUUUGUCGAUUGAAACGCUUGAGCCAUUCCAAGUGCGACCACGAAAUCGAAAAAAAGGAGGUCUUAGCUGGCAAAUUACAAGUUUUCGAGGUCCUAAUGCAGACAUUUUUGAUUUUUAAUAUUGAAAAAUCAUUCGAUUGAAACGCCUUGAGCCAUUCCGAGUGCGACCAAAAAUUCGAAAAGCGUUUUUUUUAAAAAGCUAAUGCAUUUUUCAUGAGUUUACUUGGCUUUUUCAACUUAAAACUUAGAUCUUUUCAAAUAACGCGUCGCGACCGCAACGCUUCGAGCCAUUCCAAGUGCGGCCGAAAACGAAAAAUGUUCUUUUUGGACCACGGGAUGCAUUCUUCAUGAGUUCCCGUGACGUAUUCGAUUUUAAACUUGAAUCUUUUCAAAAAACGCGUCGCGACCGCAACGCUUCGAGCCAUUCCAAGUGCGGCCGAAAACGAAAAAUGUUCUUUUUGGACCACGGGAUGCAUUCUUCAUGAGUUCCCGUGACGUAUUCGAUUUUAAACUUGAAUCUUUUCAAAAAACGCGUCGCGACCGCAACGCUUCGAGCCAUUCCAAAUGCGACCAAAUCUAUGUAACUUACCAAAAAAUGGUCAAGUUGCUUUUUUUCAACAAAACUUCCACGACUGGAAACUGCAAUAAGUUGAGCCAUUCCAAAUGCGACCAUUAAGUUUCGAAUUACUGUAGAACCCUUAAAUGGGUACUGAUUCGACUACUAUAGUGACCACUAGAAGAUCUUACCCUAAAUUGGCCUCUAAAGGUCUAAUUUCUGAUUGGUUCAAGUGCCUCUUUUUAAAAAAUAAGCCAUUCCAAGUGCGGCCAUUCACGCAAUUUUCCUUCCAGAGAGGUCCGACCAGUGCAAAAAAUGGCGUCGUCACGGGUCGUCAAGGCAUAUUCCCUGGAGCAGUGUACCGACAUGUGCCGGCUUUGCCAACACUGCCUCAAGUCGCGGAAAUGUCGCUCCGUCGCAUUCGAUUUGUUGGUUUUUUUAUUUUAUUUAACGACGUCAUUUCGAUCCAUUCGAUGACUUCAUAAUUAUGAAAAAUUGAGAAUACAUCAAUUUACUAUUUAUUCGAACAUUUAUAUGGCCUAACUCAAAAUUUUAACUGAUGACGUCAUAGAAAAAUACAAACUAUGACGUCAGUUCUACUCAGUGACGUCAUAGAAGGAUAUAAAAAUGACUUCACCCUAAAAAAUCUACUCAAUGACGUCAAUCCCAAUUUCAUUUUUCCUGAUAAAAUGAUAACUAAAAGAUUAAUGACGUCAUUUUUAUCUACUUGAUGACGUCAUGAAAGCUAUGAGCUAUAAAAAUUGAAACUCCUAUGGCCUAACUCAAAAUUUAAACUGAUGACGUCAUAGAAAAAUAUGAAAAAUGACGUCAUUCUUAAAAUCUGCUCAAUGACUUCAUUCUCAAUUUCAUUUCUUGAUAAAAUGAGGCUUUGAAAAAUUUAAUGACGUCAUAGAAGAAUAUUAAAAAUGACGUCAUUCUCCGAAAUAUCUGGCAUCUAAAACAAGGGUGAUGACGUCACUUUUUCAAAUUAAAUGACGUCAUUUGUUCAGAUCUCGUGAGUUGUGCGGCCUCUCGACGUCACCAAUGAUCGAUGGCGGCAAAAUCGAAGAUGACGUCAUUUAUCAUAACCGCCUUGAUUGUUGA